AUGAUCAAACAGAUCACCAUUAAAGAAUUCCCGAAGUUUCAAAACAGAUGGUUUCCUGAAGUUAACCCGCCCAUGAGUUCGUUCCUGUUCAUCGCUAAGGAUGACCAGUGGAAGCGAGUUCGCACAACGCUCUCACCGACGUUCAGUGCAACAAAAUUAAAAGAAGUCAUUCCAUUAAUGGAGGAAGCUUCGGAUGUUUUGACUGGGAAACUCACAGAAGCCGCAAAAACAGGUGAGGAUGGCAAAUAUGACUAUUUUCCGCAAUAUUGUCUUUUGUUGGCUACCAGUUUCACAAAUUUCUGUCAGUCUCGUUUAGCAAUGGUAGUAAUGGUCAAGUCCUUCUUAUGGGGAGUAAACGAAAUUGACUGUAGAAAGGCAGUAUCCCACCCAGUCCCCGCCAAAUCGUGACUUGCCACUGGCGGAUCAGAGGGGAGGGCGGGGGACCCGGGCUCCCCCUUAUUUUUAGACCAAACUGAGGGCCGAAGGGCGGAAAAAAAUUUUUUCGGAGACCGCCCCCCCCCCUUCCCCUUAUAUAAGGCUUUGUAAGUUACGCGCAAGUGGCAUCCGAAGGAGGCUCACUGCGCGCGCGGAACUUGCAACUUUUCGAUUUCGCAGGUUACUGAGACUCCUUUGCGGGCAGACACAUGGACGGAUGGAUGGAUAGGUAGGUUAGAGAGAAACACUAUAAAUAAUGCAUUUUCAUUUUCUCACUAUUACACCACUCAUUUUGCAGGACACAGCACUGACGUCAACCCACUGUUUAGCUUAUUUGCACUGGAAGUAAUUCUAUCCGCAGCAUUUGGGAUGCAAGCUGAUAUCCAAAGCAAUCCCGACUCGGACACUGUUGAAAAGGCCAAAAACGUGUUCCGAACUCCGUUGUGGGUGCGCGCGUUUUCCAUGUUCCCUUUUUCCGAUUACUUCAGCAAAAAGUUAAAUCUCAGUCCCCUUAAUCACACCGACUACUUCAUAAGAAUGGCCCGAGUAAUCUAUGAUGCCAGAAAGGCACAGAAAACGCGAAGUCGGAAGGAUUUACUGCAACUGAUGCUUGAAGCCCAGAAGCAAGAGAUAGAAGGGAAGAGGAUGAGCGAUGAAGAGGUAUCUGCACAGUCUGUCAUCUUCAUGGUAGCAGGAUUUGAAACGACUGGAAGUACGCUAUCUUACAUGGCGUAUCUACUCGCUGCGCACCCAGAAGUCCAGGAAAAACUCCUCCAAGAACUCGACAAGGCUGUAAAAAACCGUGGGGACAUUCCUCUGUACGACUUUAUUAACAGCCUGGAUUAUCUUGACCAGGUGUUUUGCGAAGUCUUACGGCUCUAUACACCCUGGUAUUUGGUCCACCGAAGAUGUAACGAGGCCUGCACCAUAAAUGGAAUCACAAUUCCACAGAAUGUAGACGUGUUUAUGCCGCCCUAUGUACUCCACCGUGACCCUCCGUUGUGGCCUGAUCCGGAGAAAUUUGAUCCCGAUCGCUUCUCCCCAGAGAACAGGGACACCCAAGAAGCAUACUCGUAUAUGCCGUUUGGUGUGGGUCCCCGGCAGUGCAUUGGAUUCCGCUUCGCCCUGCUUGAGAUGAAGACCGCGAUGUUCAAGAUACUGUCCAGAGUCAAGUUUCAAAGAGCUGCAGACACAGUGUCUAAGCUAAGAUUUCGAUCCGUGCUUCUAAUGCAACCACGCGAUCCUAUCCUCUUAAAAAUAGUACUUCGUUAA